AUGGUUUUUCACGCUAGUCAUCUUUCCCUUAUCUACUCCGUACUCCGAGCUCCGUUUUUCUUCGUAAUCGUCAUAAAACCUCGUCUUUCGAUCACUCAGCUGCAUGAUAUACCAAACAUGGGCCCCAAAUCCGAGUCUAAUGUCAUUGUACCACUCUAUGUGUACCCUAGUCCAGGGGCAUGGUCCCAGUUAGAAGACGUGAUUACAACUUACCCCAAUGUCAAUUUUACCGUUAUAAUCAAUCCUGGUAAUGGUCCAGGGCCAGACUCGCUGCCCGAUGCCAAAUAUACUCGCGCCAUUCCUAGACUCUCAUCUCACAUCAAUGUCAAACUUCUGGGAUACGUCCAUACUUCCUAUGCACAACGGGAUAUCUCCCUGAUCUGCAGGGAUAUUGAGACAUACGCGGCUUGGCCGAUCAAAUCCUGUAACCCGAAUUUAGCUGUUCGGGGUAUAUUCUUUGAUGAGACACCACAACAAUACGAUGCGCAUCACAUUGCUUACUUCGAAAACUUGACCCAAUUCGUUAAGAAUCACAAUGAAUUCGGCCCCAACCCAUAUGUCAUUCAGAAUCCAGGCGCAGUCCCAGAUUCUCGGUACUUUUCUACCACAGACUCAACCGUCAUAUUCGAAGCUGCUUACACCACUUUCCAAGAGCGGUACCAGGCUAACCUACUCACGGAAAUCCCGCAUAAUGGCUCCCAGCGUGUCGCCAUGAUCCACUCUGUGCCGGAUACCCUAGAGGGGUCAGAACUGCGCGAUCUAGUGCAGACGGUUCGCAAGGUUGCCGAUGAGGUUUUCAUCACUCACCUUAACACCGACUACUAUGCUAGUUUUGGGCCGAAGUGGGCCGAAUUUGUCGAUCUCAUGGCGGCUUAA